GGAUAUAAAACUCAGACCUCAGUGCAUUCUGUGCAACUCAGAGCUUGAGGCAGCAGCAAACCAGGAUCUACUCUUUUCAAAUACACACAAUUUUGUUUACAUCUGCCGAUACAUCAGCCUUCAACUGCAACAGUAACCAUGGUACUGGAGGACUCUGAGUGCAGCGUCUUUGAGCUUGACAUCACUGAGGAUGAUGUGGAGACUGCCUUUGGUCUGGUGCACUGCACUAUGAUGGGUGUUCCGAAGGGCAACCGGCCUACCAUCCUGACUUUCCAUGACAUCGGACUGAACCAUAAGAGCUGUUUCGAGUCUUUCUUUAAUCACAAAGACAUGCAUGAGAUCAUGCAACACUUUGCUGUGUGCCAUGUUGAUGCCCCAGGACAGCAGGAGGGUGCCAGCACGCUCUCCACAGAGUAUACCUAUCCUUCUAUGGAUCAGCUCUCAGAAACCCUCCCUAUGGUCCUCCAGCAUUUUGGUCUGAAGAGUGUGAUUGGAAUGGCGGUUGGAGCCGGAGCCAACAUCCUGACUCGCUUUGCACUAAAACAUCCAGACAUAGUUGAUGGUCUUGUUCUGAUUAAUUUGAGCGUGCACGCAGAGGGUUUCAUGGAAAGGGCAGCACAAAAGAUCACAAGCUGGACUCAUGCUCUCCCUGAUGGAGUCAUUUCACAUCUGUUUGGAAAGGAGGAGAUACAGAACAAUCACGAACUGAUCGCAACCUUCCAUCAUCUCAUUACAAACAACAUUAACCAGUCCAACCUGCAGCAGUUUGUCAAGUCCUACAAAAGGUAUCACCAAUGCAAUCUGUAUCUGUAA